AGUCAUGUAAACCCGUACGGAAGGAUUUCAAGGCGGCACCGGAGAGUUCACAGCAAGGAUGAAUGAGGAUCUAAACACAAAGUGCGCUUUCGGGGUGAAGAGUCUGAACUGGUGCUGUAUCUUUUAUUUCAUGUGCAUGUUUGUUGAUUUUAUUGAUCAGUUUUAUUGAUCGUCUAUUGUAGGACGUUACAUUUAUUAUAGGUGACCCACCUGAUGUAGCUUGAAGCCGAUAAAGUGAUAUUAGGUGUUUAUUGUUACUGUGUUCAGAUGCUUGUGCCAUAAUAUGACAGUAAAGCAGUUUAAAUGUAGUGCUGUGAAAUGAUCCUCAUUCAUUACUAAUCUGAUGUAUCUGUAAAAGCUUUAUCUGUAGCUCCAAUGUGAAAUCUGCACCAAAAUAUAUCAUUAUAUUCUAGUCCAGGUACAUUUUACAAUUGCAAGAUGUCUGCAUUCUGCACAAAGCUUGUUUUGCAAAGCCUCAGGUGUAGCAUUCAGAGAGUCUCAGUUUCUGUGCGAUUCGUACCAUACAGAACUUUCCUUGUCAAGAAGAGCCAUCACAUUCUUUCUAGAACACCCAAAGUGGCGUUGUUAUGUUGGGGGGCAGGUGGAAUCACGUUCGCUUCAGCACAAGAGGCGGUGCUUCCUCAGAGAACUACAGAGAAAAAGUCUCUUGCCAAAGUGCAGGUCCACAGACUGAUGUUUGUGUUGAGGCUGGGCAUCCGUGCCUUGGUCCUCCUGCUGAAAUUCGGCCCGCUUUUGCUGCUCUACCCGCUGAGUCUACUCUCACAACACUGGACCACAUGCUGGCUAGAAGCCCUGCUCUGGUUGACUGAGACGUCUGGUCCGACGUUUAUCAAGCUUGGCCAGUGGGCCAGCACGCGACGGGACAUCUUCUCCCAGGAGUUCUGUGAUCGCUUUUCCCGGCUUCACGUCAGGGUGCAUCCUCAUUCAUGGAAUCACACUAAGCAGUGUCUGACACGGGCCUUUGGGGAAGGAUGGAGGCAGCUCUUUAUCUUUGACAGUAAGGAGCCCGUGGGCUCAGGAUGUGUGGCACAGGUGUAUCGGGCCAAGGCUCGAGUGGCAAGUGUGAAAGACUCGGCAUUCCAGCAGCUGGUGGAGGGACUGGAAAAGGAGGACCUGCUGGAAGCCUGGGAGGUUCCUGGCUUUGGAGGCAUUUUCGGAUAUUUCUGGGGGUCGGAGAAAGGAGACGGAGAGAUAUCUGAGAAUGCGGAUAGAGGUUCUGCUGAGGUUUCACAUGCAGAGGAUAAGGCGCUAAUACCUGUGGCAAUUAAGGUGCUUCAUCCUGGCAUCAGGAGACAGGUUCAGAUAGACCUGAUUCUGAUGAAGGUGGGCAGUGUGCUCAUCAGCUGUUUACCAGGCAUCAAGUGGCUCAGUCUACCUGAAGUGGUUGAUGAAUUUGAGAAGCUCAUGACUAAGCAGAUAGACCUUCGUUUUGAAGCAAGGAACAUUGAGAAGUUCAAGAACAACUUCAAGGACCUGGAAUAUGUCAAGUUUCCAACACCAUUAAGACCUUUUGUCACAAGGACUGUCCUGGUUGAAACGUAUGAGGAGAGUGAACCCAUUUCAAACUACCUCAGAUCUGAGGUUUCUGUGGCUGUGAAGCAGAGAAUUGCCCGCAUGGGGGUGGACACGCUGCUGAAAAUGAUAUUUGUGGAUAACUUUGUUCAUGGAGAUCUCCAUCCAGGGAACAUCCUGGUUCAGGUGGAUCAGGGAGUCUCGGCCCAGGACAAAGCCACUCUGACGGAUCUGUGGGACACGGUGGUGGUCAGCAUGAGACCUUCACCUCCUCCGUUACAGCUGGUGCUGCUGGACGCUGGUAUUGUCGCCCAGCUGAGUGAAGGAGAUCUGCGUAACCUGAGAGCUGUCUUCACGGCUGUCGUGCUCCAGCAGGGGGAGCGUGUUGCAGAGCUGAUUCUAAACCAUGCCAGAGCCAACGAGUGCCAGGAUGUUCCACGCUUCAAAAAGGAAAUGGCUGAGCUGGUGAACCUCGCUGUCAGUGACACGCUGUCUCUUGGGAAGAUUCAGGUGGCAGAGCUGUUGUCACGAGUAUUUGGAUUGCUAAUCCACCACAAGGUGAAGCUAGAGAGCAACUUUGCCUCUAUUGUGUUUGCCAUCAUGGUGCUGGAAGGCUUGGGCAGGUCACUGGACCCAAACUUGGACCUGCUGGAGAUUGCUAAACCUCUGCUGUUAAAGAACUGCACCUCUUUGCUUUCCUGAACACCAUAUCCACAACUUGGUCUAAUGUAGCUUCUAAUUUAAUGUAGACUCUAAAUAUCUAACUGAAUAUUAUGUGCAGUUAUUCCUUUAACAGAAGUAAAGAAUCAUAUCUACAGUGGGACAAUCAGGGCGUGAAGUCUCUGUGAGGAAAACUUUGGUUUUAAUGGCCAAUCCUUAGAAAUCAGGACAUUACUCAUAUACUGCAGUAGUUAACCCUGCAACUGUUAUUAAGAGUGAUUCUCAGAAGUUUUGUUCUUAACCACAACACAUAGAAAACCUCAUGUUUUUGCCUGCCAGGAUACACUGCCAACACAAAUGUCAAAUCUUUGUAAAUUGUGUGUUACUUGAAUGCAUCACAGAUCAGAAUACCUGAGCCAGAACAGCUACGAUGGCCUGAAAUAUGUAUAGAAAUAAAAAUUGUCAUUAUUCCUAUAAAUAAAUUGUAUAUCUAUAUAAAGUGUCAUUAUUUUUAAA